CUCGCCCCGCCGGCCCCGCGCCGCUUCCCCGACGUGCCGGAGGUCCCCGCCGCCCAUGGGACCCUUGGCGCUGCCAGCCUGGCUGCAGCCCAGGUAUAGGAAGAGUGCCUACCUCUUCAUCUAUUACUUAAUCCAGUUCUGUGGUCACUCAUGGAUUUUGACAAAUAUGACAGUCAGAUUCUUUUCAUUUGGAAAAGAUUCAAUGGUUGACACUUUUUAUGCUAUUGGACUUGUCAUGAGAAUUUGCCAAUCCAUUUCUGUCUUGGAGUUGCUGCACAUAUAUAUUGGCAUUGAAUCAAACCAUCUUUUCCCAAGGUUUCUGCAGCUCACAGAGAGAAUAAUUGUCCUUUUUGGGGUGAUCACCAGUCAAGAGGAAAUCCAAGAGAAAUAUGUAGUGUGUGUUUUAUUCAUCUUUUGGAAUCUAUUGGAUAUGGUUAGGUACACUUAUAGCAUGUUAUCAGUCAUAGGAACAUCUUAUGCUGUCUUGACGUGGCUCAGUCAAACACUGUGGAUGCCAAUUUACCCUCUGUGCGUUCUUGCUGAAGCAUUUGCCAUCUAUCAGUCACUGCCAUAUUUUGAAUCAUUCAGCACUUACUCUGCCAAGCUGCCCUUUGACUUAUCCAUCUACCUCCCAUAUGUGCUGAAGCUGUAUCUCAUGAUGCUCUUCAUAGGUAUGUAUUUUACCUACAAUCAUCUUUACUCAGAAAGAAGAGAUAACCUCAGAGUCUUUCCCAUUAAAAAGAAGAUAUGAUACACAGCAUAGUGAGUGAUGUGACAACAGAAAUAAGAUUUGUGGAUUCAGCUGCAACAAAUACACCAUGGGAAGUAUUGUGUGGCAAAAUAUCUAGUAUUUGAUAAAAACCGAUGACAUGAGAUAAUUGUACAUAUCAUCCAAUCCCCUUAACCAUUACCACAGCAAUUAUGUUUCUCGUCAUAUUUUCAAAACAUUCUGUAUAAUGUUCUUCAUCAAAGCUACGGAUUUUAUAUGAGUUAAAUUUACACUGUGAGAAGUUUGGUUAUUUUUCCUGUAAGUCUAAUGAGAAAUAAAAUCUACCAGAAUAAAUUUAAUUAAAUUGAGAAACAAAACUUUAAAAGCCAAAUUGUAUGAAUUUUAUGAAUUUUACUUCUGAGUUUUCAGAUACCAACAGAUUGAUAGAUAGGAGGGUAGCAUUGUAAAACAUACUCUGCAGUUGUGUAGAAUGACAUAUUUUAUACAUAAAUUGCCUUUACCCCUAAACCUAAUAAGAACCUUAAGGAUUAAAUACACUUAGAAAACUAGCUUUCCAAGCCCUCCGUCUAAACUUAGGUUGCUAAAUAACAAAACCCCCCAAACUGUGUGGUUUAAAUAGAAAUUUAUUUCAUGUAGUUUUGGAGGUUGGGAAAUAAAAUGUUAAGCCAAUUCUAUUCCUAGUUAAGGCUCUCCUUUUCAUUUGCAGCGUGAAAGAUUACCUCUCAAGUUUCUUCUUAGCAAUGGCACCAGCUAAUCCCACUAACGCUAUUGGGGUCUAAUUACCUCUCUUUUCAAAUAGGUUCCAGUGAAGGAGUAGGUCUUAACACAUGAAUUUAAGAAGAAGCUAGUAAUAAGUGGCUUAUACCU